ACUGGUUCCCACUGAUUGAAGAAACUCUUAAGGUAUCACCAGUUUAUAAUGGAAAACAUCCAUAGUUUGAAGUACUGUCCCUGGAUGACUGAAGAGACCAUAAAUCUUAAGGAAUAUUUUGGGGCAUAUCAUGAGUUAAUAGACUCUGUAUCAGGUCGUCCUCAUGAAGAAAAGGUGUCCCGUGAUGAAGCUCUGCGGCAGUUUUUCCAACCCAUUGGUGAGAAGUCUAGCGGGCCUGAUUCUCCUUUUGAAAAAGAUGUAGAUUUUGAUGAUCUCAGUGGUAGACUGAUGCCAAAUUUUGACAUGAAAAAGAUAGAAGAAGACUGUAGUGUUGACUUGUUGACUGUGGAGGAUGAAUUAGUCACUGAAGACAGUGCAAUUUCUGUUGAGGCUGUGAGGCAUUCUGGCAGCAUAACCAAUUGGUAUGCUGGUGCCUUCGAAGAUGGUAUUGUUCCAGCUGGUGGAGAAGAGGUAUUACAGACAUUACAGGAACAAGCUGCUGAAUUAAGUAAGCGUGAGCAUAUCAGAGAUUAUGCUCGUCUACGAUACAGACUGUUGAAAUACUUCUCAACAAUUAGAAUGAUAACAGAUGAACACAAUCACCCAGAACCAACACGUAAAGGUCAAGAUUACGUAGUGGAAUCCUUGCGGGACAUAAUUCUAAAUGUUCGAAUACAGAGGCCAUAUCAUAAAAAAACACACAUGAAAAAGGCAUGCAACCGAUUUCCAACACACAGCCAAGAACUACUACUAUUGGGAUCCCAAAAGCUGACAGAACUCAGGGAUGCUUUGAUUUGCAUCAAUGAUUUGGGAGUUAAUCAAGACCUCUCUGAUGAUCCACAGCUAUUUCGCCUUUCUUAUUUGCCCAAUAAUUCAGUAAUGUAUCCGUCUGGUUUCUUUUACAUAAAUGGUGUAUUCUACAACGAUGUUCGACAUCCAGAGGCCAAGUUAUAUAGUGAUAACAUAGUCAAGUGGAGUAAGAAACAUCCAGAAGUUGGGGAGUUUAAGACUGGAAUAAUGCACGAAACAAGUUUUAUAGAUCUGGAGCUACGAUUAGGAUUUCCAUAUGUUUAUGUACACCAAGGAAAUUGUGAGCACCUUAUAGUUUUUACAGAUGUUCGAUUGCAUCAUCAGACUGAUAUUCAAGACCCCUUGAAGUACCCUUUGUUGAGAGGUCAAGCAUCAAAGAUGUCUGUUAAGUGUUAUAUAUGUGGUCUUAAUUUAGCAAACUGGAUAGUUAUAAAUGAUAACCAUGCUCCUAUACCAACCCCCCAUGUGUGUGACCGAUGCCUUAAGACCUUGUGGUAUGAUGCUCGGGGAAGGAAGUUACAGCCUAAUAUACGUGUCUAUCCAUUUAUUGAUGAAUUUUUGUCUCAGCAGAAGAAAGAGUUUAAGCACCUGAGUUCAACAGGAACUAAGUAGACUUUUGGGAAGUGAGGAUGUAGACCAUGUUGAAGAUCUUUUCAUCAAGAAAUCUCUGCCAAUUAGACAGUAGAAGCAGAAAUGUUCUGGAGAAUGUUUUGGUUAUGAAUAUGGUAAAUGACACUUGCACAUAUUGGUAAUUAUUCUUCCACACUACUAAAUAACAUUAUGUUGAAAAUUAGAUUUUUAAAUUAAUGCUUUAGCUUUAUCUAGAGAGACUUGGCAAGAAUUGAAUAAUUCAUCAUAAAGUACUUAGUUGUCUAAAGUACCUGUACUGUCUUUUAAAGUAGGAGGAGGUAAUUUGAGCAUUUUCAUGUGCCUUCUGCAUUAUACAUGGAUUUAUUAAACAGCUUUCUUUAGCAACAGUGGCGGAAUAUAUAAUAUUAAGAUGAAAAAAUAUAGAAAUUUACAAUUAAAUUCUUUUUUGCUGGACAUUUGGUUAAUAUGGUUCUAACAUGCAGUAAUAAUUUUGAUGGACAUCCUGCCAAGCUAGAGAAAGCCCAUAAAGUAUUUUCAUUAACCCUUUCGCAUUGAUAGAAAAUGUAGUGGUGGUAAUGAAGUUUACUACAAUCUGUCUAAGGUAGGGAACACUGACAUAUGUUCAUGAUUGUAUAAUCAGGCAACUUGAAUUGGUCAAAUUUACAAAAUUGUAUGUCAUUAACCCCUGGGAGCCAGUAUAAAAAAAUUAAUUUGCAGUACCCCAAGCUGGGAAAACUUUGAAGUUGCCCAAUGUAAGAAAAAAACGCUUCAUUUGAAAGAGGAAGAUAUGCAAAUACACAUGCUGUAAGAAAAAAAAUUCUUAAAAAUUUUCCCUACCUUGCAUGAGAAGUUGAAAAUGACUAUUUACAACCCUUUGUGGAGACUCUUGUUCAAGGCAAUUGUAAACUUUACUUAGUUAUAGUACAUGUUUUAUUUAUAUAGUACAUGUUUUUUCUAAUAAAGUUAUUUUAUUUUGUAAAAUUAUAA